AUGACUUCUAUCGAUCAGAAGGUGAGGAUUGAGUUUGUUGAGGAUGUUGACCCGGGGAGUGCUGGGCCAUGUCAUGGGGAAGUGCUUGUUGAUGCGGAGGGUGGGAUUCAGCGGCUUCCUGUGCCCAGUGCGGAUCCGAAUGAUCCGUUGAAUUAUACGAGGUGGGAGAAGAUGGGGGUUAUUUUUAGUUGUUGUUGGUUUUCUAUCAUGUCGCUUUCCGUAGUUGGAGGUCUGGGUGCAAUUCUCAACGUCUUCUUCGCGAUGUAUAUUCCCCAGGGCCAUACUUCGACCGAGGUGGUUUGGCUCGGGACGUUUCCGUCAUUGUUUGUUGGUGUUGGAAACUAUGUUAUUCUUCCGCUGGGCCUUGUCUACGGUCGUCGUCCUGCAACCAUCAGUUCAAUUGUGGUUCUUCUCGCUGCGACUAUUGGCUGUGCCUUGUCGCAAACUUUUGAGCAGCAUCUCGGUCUACGAAUCCUGCAGGGACUGGCUACUGGCGCCACUGAGUCUUUGCUGCCCCUGAUGCUUUCAGAGGUAACCUUCGUCCACCAACGUGGCCUCAUCUACGGCGUCUACUGGGCAACCCAGAAUGUCGUGACCAGCUGUCUCAACCUAGCGUCCUCCUACGAAGCCGACGCACUAGGUUGGCGCUGGUUCUACUGGGUGUACGUGAUUGCCGUCGGCGUCGGACUUUUCAUCGUGAUCUUCGGCUGUUUCGAAACGAAGUACCAGCGUCGUGCGCAAGUUCUGAACGGUCAGGUCGUUGUCACGGAUCAGUUUGGCGUCACUCGCGUGCUCUCCGGCGAGGAGGCUCAGACGUAUUUGCAUGCCCGCGAGACGGAUGGUGACUCUGAGAUUCCGGAUGUGGCUCGGCGCAAGAAGACCUAUCGUCAGAUGCUCCGGCCUUGGGAUAAACCGUCGGAGAAGCCUUUUCGGAUUGUUCUCAUGGCGUGGUUUCGUAUGUUCGAGGCAUUUAGCUCGCCGGGUAUUCUGUAUGCCACUCUUUUGUCGUCGGUUGUACUAGGGUCCAGUGUUGGUAUGUCUUUGACGUACGACACGGUUCUACAGAACUACGGCUGGCCCGCAAAGAAUGUCGGACUGAUUAACCUUGGUGGUGUCUUUGGUGGCUUUGGAGGAAUGUUGUACGCGGGUGUCUUUGGUGACUGGUUUAUCCUGCGGAUGGCCAAGCGAUCUGGUGGUGUUCAUACCCCCGAGCACCGUCUGCUUUUGCUUAUCGUCCCCGGGAUCCUGACUGUUGUCUCGCUGCUGCUGUAUGGUUUUACCACCACCGGAUCUACCUGGGGUGGACCAUAUAUGGGAUGGACGCUGCUUCAGGUUGCGUUUGUUUCGGUGCUCAUCCUGUCUACUGCCUUUGCUGCAGAGGCUUGGGAGAAGAAUCCUGGUCCGGCUCUUGUGGCGGUGGUUGGAACUAAGAACAUCAUCUCUUUUGGGAUCAGCUAUGGGUUGAAUCCGAUGGUGGAGCGGUAUAGUUAUCCGGCUGCGAUGGGAAUCUUGGCUGGUGUCUGUGCGGGCAUUUUUCUGUUGGGCAUCCCGGUUUAUUUCUUCAACCCUGCG